AUGAAUGAUUUCAAGACACUCUUCCCUCUAGCCCUGUGGCUUUUCUGCAGUCUGCAGUCGGCGGAUUCACAACCCAACUGCACGAAUGUGAAAAACCUGGAAGCCUGCGAUGGGGACACUACGGACUUCUGCCCCAAGAGUAUUACUUGCGCCUGCCAAGAUCAAAAGCCUUUUUGCCAGUGCCAGAACUCCAGAGGUAAAUGGGGGGAAUUGUGGUACAUGGGGACGAAAUGUGAGCAGGUCUGGAGCACACUGGAUCUGGUUUUGGUAACUGUCCUCCCCGGCCUGGCGCUCACUUUGAUCGUGGCAGUCACCAUGCAGACGGUCUACUACUGCAGAAAUAAGAAGGCCCACCAAAGCCGAGGAAGAAAUCCCCAGGAGCAACACAACCCAGCUUACCUUUCCGAUCAGCCGGGCCAGUCCUUACAGAUGGCAUAUGCCAAGGCCUUGAGACCAACUCAAUCACAACUCCCCGUGAGAUCUUUCAGUUUCAUGACACAAGGGGCCACGGAAGAGGUCUCUUAUUCCUCUCCAUCUUACGGUCAGUACGGCUCUCGGGAAUCAUUUAGGCCCCAGACGGACUAUCCGGCCAGGAACCCAGGUCCUCCCCGGCAACUGCAGCCUCAUGCUGGCUUUCGAUCCCCUGGAGUGCCUAACCCAGAUUACCUUCAAGGAGAGAGGCAUCCCAUGGCCUAUCCAUCAGCAAAGUCGGAACAACCAUUUAGGGUCGGCCGGGCUCAGAUGGCACCACUCUACUAGAAAGCUGCCCGUAAACAGCGACGAGGGUGUUUUUUUUAAGUAAAUCCUCGCCCCUUCUGCCAAAAAACAGUGCUUUGCACAUAGUAAGCGCUUAACA